UUGCCUUUGGGCUCUAUAUCCUGGUUAGUCUUGAGAACUUUUCAACUCUAAUCACAUCCUACAUAGCCAAGUUAAAACUUGAUUUUUGAGCUUAUAACUACUUGAGUACUAUAUUUAUCAGAAGGCGAUAUCAGAAAGUUAAAACUUUUCAACUCUAAUCACUUUGUACUUUUAAAAAAAAAUCAGAUUGACAAAAAAGAUUGAUACUUGUCCGUGUAGGUAGUUUUGGAUCAAAUUGGAAGCUUUUUGGUGCUUUGACUUUUAUGGAUCUUUCUGAACUUCUAUGUUAAAGUUGGUAGCAUUGCACAUGUUGUGAUGAACAUCUAUUUUACUUGGUUGAAUUUGUGAUACUUGGUCUGUUAGUUACCGGAUUUUCUGUAUGUUGUGGCAUUUUGAAUUCAUUGUGAGGAUGCUUAUAUUUGUGUUCUGUGAUAUUGUUCAUGUUAUUAUACAAAUACGAAGUGGGGGUCUGCAUCAUUAUUUCUACUUGCAUAUGUUUGAUAAUUAAAAAUUUGGAGGCCUGUGAUUUAUAUUUUCUUUUGCCAAUUUUUUAAUACAUUACACAUUAAUAUUUAAAACGGGAUUAAGCAUUUCAUGUCUGGUUUAGGUUGUAUGCAUCAGUUUUCUACUUAUGAUCAAGGGUAAGGCCAAAGUUUCAACAUUUUCCUCAACUGAAAAAGCCAUUACGGAGCAGUUCUGUUCAUUAGACACUUACCAUGUAAUUCUCUACUCGAGCGUAUUAGGAAAAUACUAAUAACCCAUCUGGCUUAUUCAUUAAUAAAUGGUAUAAAUCUAAGUACAGAAGGUUUUCUUUCGUGAAGAGUUCAGGAUGCAAUGAUUCUUGAAAAUACUUUUCUUCUGGGAAAAUGCUAAUCACGUUCUUUUUGGAUUGUUAUGGAUCUCAGGGACUUUGCUUCUUGUCUACAUCUGUUGUUCUCUAUUCAUUCAAAUCUUCUCACUGCCAAAAUGCCACAAAUAACAAGGCAUGCUCUGCGCCGCAGUUUCAAAUUAUUAUCGUCUACUUCUCUUUUUAUUUAGUUGCACUAGCACAAGGAGGGCAUAAACCUUGUGUUCAAGCUUUCGGUGCUGACCAGUUUGAUGAACAGGACUUACGAGAAUGUGAAGCCAAAAGCUCAUUCUUCAAUUGGUGGUAUUUUUCCAUGAAUUUGGGUACUAUAAUGGCUCUCCUUGUUUUGUGCUACAUUCAAGACAACCUGAGUUGGGGUCUUGGCUUUGGAAUCCCCUGCAUUGUUAUGUGCCUUGCGCUAAUUACAUUUUUGCUUGGAACAAGGACUUACCGGUUUCGCGUACGAAGUGAUGAAAGAAACCCAUUUGUGAGAAUUGGUCGAGUAUUCCUGAAUGCGACUACCCAGACAGCAAUAUCUAAGGAAGAGGAAGCUCGGGGAAUUCUGCCUUAUCAAAGCUCUGAACAGUUCAAGUUUCUUAAUAAAGCAUUGCUUGCACCUGAUGGUUCAAAGGAAUAUGGCAAAGUUUGUACCGUCACAGAGAUUGAAGAGGCAAAGGCAGUUCUAAGACUUGUUCCAAUAUGGACUACAUGUUUGGGAUAUGCCAUUGUAUCUCCACAAUCGUCGACUUUUUUCACCGAACAAGGACUUACAAUGGAUCGUUCUAUCACGUCUAGCUUGCAAAUACCUGCUGCUUCACUUCAAUCUUUGAUCGCCAUUGGCAUUGUUGUCUUUAUUCCAUUAUAUGAUCGUAUUUUGGUUCCUAUUGCAAGAGCUAUGAGUAAGAAACCAUCAGGCAUGUCAAUGCUUUCACGAAUUGGAACUGGGAUAGUUCUAUCUGUUCUUUCCAUGAUAAUUGCAGCUUUAGUCGAGAGGGAACGCCUGAAAACUGUUGCUGAGUAUGGCCUCGUGGACAAGGCAAAUGCAACAGUGCCAAUGAGCGUGUGGUGGCUGCUACCUCAGUAUUUGCUUUUUGGAAUUGCAGAUGUAUUUACUAUGGUCGGCCUCCAAGAAUUCUUUUACGACCAAGUUCAAAACGAGCUGAAAAGUAUAGGUCCUGCUCUAUACCUCAGUAUAUUUGGCAUAGGGAAUUUCUUGAGCAGCUUUCUCAUCUCUGUGGUGGAGAAAGCCACCAGUGGCCCGGGUCGAGAUGGUUGGUUUUCAGAUAAUUUUAAUCGGACUCACGUGGAUUACUUCUACUGGCUACUCGCAGGGAUUAGCGCUUCUGCAUUUGCUGUCUACUUGUACACUGCAAAAUCUUAUAUCUAUAAUAGAAGAAACACUCUCUGAAGUUGUAAAAACAAACACUGCCAUUACUUGUAGAAGAGCGACAUU